GGAAUAUUUAGUUCCCGGCCUGGCCUUUGAUGGUUCGCGGGGAUUUCAACCGAGAGGAGCUCCCGCUAUUUAUUCUCGCUAACUGGAGAGGGUUCUCUGGUGGGCAGAGGGACCUUUUUGAAGGAAUUCUUCAAGCCGGAUCAACAAUUGUGGAGAACCUCAGGACAUACGAGCAACCCAUAUUUGUUUAUCUCCCAAUGAUGGGUGAACUCCGUGGUGGGGCAUGGGUUGUUGUAGACAGUAAAAUCAAUUUGAACCACAUUGAAAUGUAUGCUGAUCAAACAGCCAAGGGCAAUGUCUUGGAGCCAGAAGGGAUGGUUCAGAUCAAAUUCAGGACAAAGGAAUUGUUGGAGUGCAUGGGUAGACUUGAUCAACAAUUGAUUAAUUUGAAGGCAAAACUUCAGGAUGCCAAGAGUAGCAGGGCCCUUGGGAGUAUUGAAUCCUUGCAGCAGCAAAUCAACUCCCGGGAGAAGCAACUUUUGCCAGUGUACACACAGAUAGCUACCAAAUUUGCUGAAUUACAUGACACCCCCUUACGAAUGGCUGCCAAGGGUGAAAUAAGAGAAGUCCUGGAUUGGAGGAAGUCCCGUUCUUUCUUCUGUCAGAGACUGCGAAGGAGAAUUGGGGAACAUUCUCUGAUCAACAGUGUGAGAGAUGCAGCCGGUGACCACCUGUCACAUGAAUAUGCAAUGAGCUUGAUAAAAAAUUGGUAUCUGAGUUCUAAUAUAUCCAGAGGUGAAGAUGCUUGGCUGGACGAUGAAAGUUUCUUUACAUGGAAGAAUGAUCCUAGAAACUACGAGGAUAAACUGAAGGAAUUACGUGUCCAGAAGCUGUUGCUUCAAUUGACAAGUAUUGGUCACUCGGUUUUGGAGCUGCAAGCCUUACCUCAAGGAUUUUCUGCACUUUUAAGCAGGGUGGAGCCACCGAUGCGAGCGAAGUUGAUUGAAGAACUUCGCAAAGUAAUUAACUAGAAGGCUAUAUGCUUCUCGAUCGGGCGGCUAAAGAAAUUCCUGCGAGUUGCAUUAUAAUUGC